AUGGCAACCAAUGUGAGCAACUCUUUCACUGGAGAACAGUUCGAAAUGGAACCCACCGACAACUAUCCAAAAGAAUAUCAAAAAUUUAUAAAUCAUAAUUAUGAAAAUGAGACAAUAACCGAAGUCACUGAUGGUGACUCAGAAACGGAUAGGUUCUUUGCGACGUAUUACAGUUCACGACGGGUUUGUUUCCAAAUCUUAUUAUUCAUUGUCUUGUUCCUGUUGGGAUUAUUUGUUGGAUAUUUUAUCAAUGUUAUUGCCGUUGAGAGAAGCACAACUACUGAUUGUACGCCUGAAAUUGAUGACCACCUAAAACAACUUGAAAAACUUCAAGAAUUACAUAGCAAUGUAAUAGGGAACAUAUCAUCCGCAAAUAUACAAACGACUGCUAAUUUUCUAGCCAAUGAGAGGGAUCGUUUACCAGUGGACGAUGAUGAAGACAUUGCCAAGUAUGUUGCAUUGAGGUUCAAUGCAUAUGGUUUUAACAGCGUCGAAAUCGUACCCUAUCAAAUCUCAUUAAAUUACCCAAUCCCAGGAACACCAAACAAAGUAGAUGUCCUGUCACCAGAGGGAGCCGUUUGGUACUCAGCUUCAUUUGCAUAUCAGGGUGAAAAGUCAGAGGAUGAAAAUGAACCUCAACCCAGUAGCAGCAACUCAACGGACGAAGAUGGUGGUGUGCAGGAAGAAGCAGGAGAUGGAGGGAAUCUACCGAUGUUUUAUGCAUAUUCAGCAACAGGAAUGGUUGAGGGUGAAUUGAUCUAUGCUCAUUAUGGAGACCAAGAAGAUUUUGAAAAGUUGGAACAGAUUGGAGUUGAUCUAACAGUAACCGAUAAAAUAGGCUUAAUACGAUAUGGAAGAACUAGAGAUAAUGAGAAGGUGAGAUUAGCGGAGAAGUAUGGUCUGAAGGGAGUGUUGUUUUAUUUAGAUCCCGAAGACAGAAAGAUAUCAAGUCAUGACUGGCAUGCCUCUCCACAUGGUAUUGAGGAUCCCUUUACCUCAGGAUAUCCAGCAAAAGAUCCCGAAGACAGAAAGAUAUCAAGUCGUGACUGGCAUGCCUCUCCACAUGGUAUUGAGGAUCCGUUUACCUCAGGAUAUCCAGCAAAAGAGGAAGCGCCUUGGAUUGUACGCAUGGAAGUGAAUAAUAAACCCAAGAUAAAAACAUUAUACAAUGUUAUAGCUACAAUGAAAGGAAACGCUGAUAGCACUAGAGAUCGGUUUGUUAUGAUGGGUAGUCACCGUGGUGUCAUGGACAAUUAUAAUGGUACGGCAAUGAUGCUGGAACUAGCAAGGAAUCUUCAUAGCAUCCAGGAUGAGAAUUGGUAUCCUAAGAGGACUAUCAAGAUGUGUUCAUGGGGUGUAAUGCAUGGAGUACUUGGAUCUAUAGAAUGGGCAGAGGAACACAGAUUGAAGUUAUUGGAGAAAGCUGUUGUAUACAUUGAUCUGGAUAUGGCUGUACAAGGUGACUACACAUUGCAUGUAGAGUCAACUGCUGCUACAUCUAGACUUAUUACAUCUACUGCAAAAAUGCUGCUUGAUCCAGUGAAUUUCAAGGAAGGUGUCACAAUGCACACUAACUGGAUGGUGAAAACAAAGUCGUUUGAAAACCCGAUUCAAACGUUUGGUACUGCCAGUGAUUAUCUAGUAUUUCCACACAAACUAGGCAUUGCAACAAUUAAUAUUAACUACGUGCCAUUCAACAACACACAGGUUGAUAUGUACUAUACUGCCCCGAAAUACCAUGAUGUUAAUUUCUUAUACCAUAAGGCCAUAUCACAGCUAUUUGCUCGGCUUUUAUUAUCUGUGGCUGAUGCCUCAAUGCUACAGUGGGAUUACACAUAUACCAAUCAGUUAAUUAAAGACUACCUAACAAAACUGGACAAUAAAUGUGGAGAUACACUGGCAGAGAAAAACUUCACUCUAGACACAGUGAAUAAUGCAGUGGCAAGGCUUGAAAAUAUUACCAAAAACUUCAAUAUUGAUGUGACUUCAAACUCAGAAAUCUAUGACGAGACGAUGAAACUACGCAUGGUCAAUGACCUACUGACUCACCUAGAGAGAAGUUUUCUGGUGCCAGACACAAGGUAUUAUGGGAGUGACACUUACAGACACAUUCUGUAUAGCAGUAAACAGUACGACACCUUUCCAGCAAUUGCCGAACGUCAGGGAACUCGUCAUCAUUGGAAUAACUGUGAGGCCGCUAUUGGGUUGAUACCGCUAAUACAAUACACAAUAGACACUGCAUCUGAUAUGCUGACUCCUGAUGAUAACUCAUGGUGGUGGUAG